AUGCCCUCGCCAGCCUCUGCUUCGGCAGCCUCGGGCGGCUCUGCGACCCACGGCUCUGCGACACCCUUCAACCCGCACAGCCUCUACUCGAGCAACAACGCGCUCGCCAGCUCGUCGUCGUCCACCUCUGCGCCUGCCCUCGCCUCCUCCCCCACCAAUCAUGCGACUCCUUCCAAGCCUGCGGGGGCGGCGGCCUCGUCCGACACACCUUCGUCGUCGUCCAGCAAAAAGAAGCCGGCAAAGCGCCGCAAGGUCAAUCUCGCAUGCAUCUACUGCCGCCGCAGCCACAUGACCUGCGACGAGGGCCGCCCGUGCCAGCGGUGCAUCAAGCGCGACAUCGGCCACCUCUGUCACGACGAGUCGACCAGCAAGCCGGCACCGUCUGCGUCGCAGGCAUCCACUCAUACAUCGGCCAGCGCGCCAGGCGCGCCGCGGACCUCGGCCUCCAGCGAGCCAUCGGCGCUGCCCGUGCCCGAGAUCGCGACCACUCUGGUGGACGGUCCGCCUGGCGUCUCCGCCAUCGACAACGGAGCACCGCUGGGUGGGUCCGGCAGCUCCUACUUUGGUGCGGCUGCUGGACUCAAUCUCGAUCCCUCGGCAGCAGCGCCGCCUGUUGGUGAUGCAGGUAACCCGAAUGCCGCAUUCCUGGGCAGCAGCGCCGGGCCUUACUCGUCGGUGUCGCCGAUGAGCAGCCUCAAUCCCGACAACCGGAUAUCGCCAUUCAACCAGGCCGGAGUCUUUCGCAAUUCGGCUUCCCCGCUCAAGGCUCAGGCUGGAGCCACAGGCCAGGCGCAACCAUUCGCUAGCGGCGCGGGCUCCUUGCCACUCAGCGCCACUAGCUCCAACAACGGCACGUCGAUGUUCGACUGGGGACUCGGCGGCACCAACGGUGGGCUCGGCGGCGCUGGUUGGCUCGGGCUCGGCGGCGGUCCUGGCGGUUUCGAGGGCGGUGGACAGGGCUUUAGCGGCGACUCUGCAGGCGGCAACGAGUUCACUUUGCUGAGCGAAUUCCUCGAGUCCCUCGACGGUUCGGCGUUUGGCGCGUCGAUCAACAAUCAGAAGGCAUCGAAUCUUCAGCCGCAAGGGCCCAACAGCGCUGGCUUGGGUGGCGCACCGAACACCAGCCGAAGCGGGAGCCGCCGCAACACGAUUUCGGGCCGCCCUGCCAACGUGGCGGGCGAGCCUUCGGCGCCCGGCGCGAGAGCCAGUCUGCCUCCGCCGAGCUCAUGUCUCGACCCGGCCCCGUCGGCCCGAGAGGCUGACAAGACAAUGGCCCAGGCGGCGUCUGCAGCCCGAGGGCAGCGGCCACGCGGGUCGAGCGUCUCGGCCGCGGUCAAGUCCGAGGACGGCAAUGCGGCAGGCGCCAGCAGCAGCAACAACGCCGGGCCUUAUCCGCCUUCGCUCGGUGCCGCGAGCAAGACGGAGAGGUUCUUCCUCACUGCAGCCGAUCAAAAGGACGGAUCGAGAGACGAGCGGCUGAGCCGGGUCAUCCAGGCCAAGUACGAGGCUGGCCUGCUGAGGCCGUACAACCACGUCAAUGGCUACGCCCGGCUCAACCGGUGGAUGGAGAGGAACGUGUCGCAGGCGUCAAAGAGGAGGAUCCUCAAGCCCCUUUCCGUCUUUCGGCCGGCGUUCCGGGCCGUCGCCCAGUCGCUCACCAACAUCGACCUCAUCUUUAUCGAAGAGGCAUUCGAGCGCCUCCUGCUCGACUAUGACCGCGUCUUUUCCACCCAGGGGAUCCCGGCGUGCUUGUGGCGGAGGACCGGCGAGAUCUACAAGGGCAACAAGGAGUUUGCCGAGCUGGUCGGCGUCCCGAUCGAGAGCCUGCGCGAAGGUCGGCUCUGCAUCUACGAGCUUAUGGCCGAAGAGAGCGCGGUCAACUACUGGGAAAAGUACGGCGCGGUUUCGUUUGAUCCGGGGCAGAAGGCGGUGCUGACGUCGUGCGUGCUGCGGACCAAGAACAAGUCGAUGCUGGCGGGCAACAAGGACAAGCAGUCGUCGACCAAGCUGAUUGCGGCGCAGCUGCCAAGGGUGCACGGCACGACGAGCUCUGGCCAGACGACGCCCACGCUCGCUCCGCAGCCCGGCAGCGCGGCCGGCCUGUUUCCACUGACGCCGCUCGACGGCGGUACGCGGAUGGCCGCCGAGGUGCCGGGCAAGGGCGGCAAGGAGGCCGACAGGGACGACAAGAGGGGCGAGGCUGCGGCUGCAAGCGGUGUGGGCGAUGUAGCGCUCGCCAGGACCGCCUCGUCGUCCGGCGGCGGCGGCGGUCCCGGCGGCAACGGCAACGCCAACGGAAACGGGGCCACCGGUGGCAACACGACGCCCGGCAAGGAGGGCGGCCGCAUCCACCACAUCCACUGCUGCUUCAGCUUCACCAUCCGGCGCGACCAGUGGAACAUACCCACGAUGAUUGUUGGUAACUUCCUCCCGACCAACCCGCCGUGA